CUGGGUUUGUUGCUUAGGGGGAGCCUGGUCUGGUAUGUAAAAUUCAUCGUUCCUUAUAUGGCUUGAAGCAAUCUCCACGGGCUUGGUUUGGAAGAUUUAGCUCUGUGGUAUAUGAGUUUGGUAUGACUAGAAGUGAAGUUGAUUAUUCUAUUUUUUAUCGUCAUUCUAAUGGGAAAUGCAUAUACCUUGUAGUAUAUGUGGAUGACAUUGUUAUUACAGGUAGUGAUCAAGAGGGCAUAUCUCAGUUGAAAGAGUAUAUCUUCAGUCGAUUUCAGACUAAGGAUUUGGGUAAGCUGAAAUACUUUCUUGGAAUUGAAGUGGCCCAGUCUAGUAGUGGUAUUGUCAUUUCUCAAAGAAAGUAUGCAUUGGAUAUUUUAGAAGAAACUGGCAUGUUGGAUUGUAGACCGGUGGAUAAUCCAAUGGAUCCGAAUGUUAAACUCUUACCAGGACAGGGGGAGUCAUUACUAGACCAAGAACGAUAUAGGAGAUUAAUUGGAAAAUUGAAUUACCUCACAAUCACACGACCAGAUAUCUCUUUUGCAGUUAGUGUGUUGAGUCAGUUUCUUGAGAAUCCUUGUGAUACUCAUUGGGAUGCUGUUGUUCGGGUUCUAAGGUAUAUCAAGAGAGCACCAGGACAAGGUUUACUAUAUGAAGAUCGAGGACAUGCUCAGGUUAUUGGGUAUUCUGAUGCAGAUUGGGUUGGUUGUCCGUUUGACCGGCGCUCUACUUCGGGUUAUUGUGUACUCAUUGGUGGUAAUCUCAUAUCUUGGAAAAGUAAGAAGCAAGAUGUUGUUGCCAGGUCCAGUGCUGAAGUUGAAUACCGAGCCAUGGCCCUUGCCACGUGUGAGUUUAUGUGGCUGAAGCACUUACUACAAGAGUUGCAAUGUGGCAAGGUUGCUCAAAUGACAUUGAUAUGUGACAACCAAGCAGCUCUACACAUCGCCUCAAAUCCAGUUUAUCAUGAGAAAACCAAACACAUUGAUGUUGAUUGUCACUUCAUUAGAGAGAAGAUUGUAUCAGGGUGUAUCAAAACAAGCUUUGUCAACUCUGCAGAUCAAUUGGCUGAUAUUUUGACAAAACCCCUUAGAGCUCCUAGGCAAAUUGAGGACAAAUUCUUCUACCCAUCUCACUGUAAAAGGGUUCAAAGUCAUCAACACAUCAUCAAGAUAUCAACAGCUCCUGCAAUCAUAGCCGCACCACGGUCACCGGUCACCGCCACCAUCCACCUUCAACAACCAUCACCAACAACUCCACCGUUGCUGUCGACGAUCUUCACCAGAAGGACAACCACUGUCGUCACUGCCUCGCUGGUCGAGAUCCAUCGCGCCGCUACCCCAGUGGGUGCAGAAUCAACUCCAUCGCUGCCGCCGCACCAAGCUGUGACGAAUUGCAGGAGAGUGGCAAAAAAUUUCCAGCCAUUCGUUGAUUGGAGCAGAAACAAUUCUUUAGCAACAGUUUAA